AUGCGAUAUCCAGCAGCUGAAGGUGCCAGGGCACGGCGGCAGGCUGUUGCUGGGGGCGCGGCGCCCAAGUCACGAGAAGGCGUCUCGGGGGCGGCGCCGUCACGGAGGCUUAUCGACUUGAAGGCGAGUCUGCAGUGGCUCAGCUCUGCUCCGGACCGCCGCUUGCCGCCGGUGUCUGCGUGGUCCUUGUUUCUGGGAGUGAGCCACCCGCCCGCCUGCUGGCUGUCAGUCCGGCCGGCUGCCCCCGCCGGGAGCCACGCCGUGCUGCGCUGUGCAGACGCGCCCUUAUCGCAGCCCUCCAGCCGCGCCCGCGCUCAGGGGAAAUUUGAAUCAAAUCACGUCGGGGAUUUCCCUGUCGGGCGUUGCCAGAAGGGUCCCCGCGGUCCCUCAACCGACCUUGUCAAGUGUGACGGCCGCCUCCAACCGCCUCCGCUGUCGCCGCAGGCAGCCAGCAGGGCGUCGUUCCCCUUUGUGGGAAUGCGCGCUGCGACCGCGACUGCGACUGCGCGUGCGCCCCGCGGUCCCCUCGGCGUCACGACUAAAUUGCAAUUAAAAGGGCGGGGCGCCCCCGCGCUCGGCGCAGGCGGGCUCUCACGCGAUCAGCGCCGCUUUGAUCUCUCGCCGGCGCCGCCCAGCGCCACAAUUUCGGGUCCCAGGGACGGCGGCGGCGGCGGCAGCGGCGGCGGCAGCGGUGGGUCCCUCGUCAGCCCGUCAGCGAGCGGACAGCCGGCCCUUGUGGCAGCACGCGCCCGCUUCCAUCCAUCUCUCAUUCACUGCCCGGCCUUUGCUGCUGAAAUAGCCAGCUCGCACCGGUUUAAUGCGGGCAGCAAUGAACGAUCAUUAGGCGACGCGCUCACAAAGGAGAGCUGA